ACUUGCGCAGUCCUGCGCAGCAUCAGCGCUCCUCAGCACUGCACUCUGUCGCAGACCGCACGUCAUCAAUGUUGGCGGUAUUUUGAAAAAGAGGCGUCUGUUGUGGUCCGCGUUGUAGGGAAAAAAAACUGUGAAAUUUACAAAUUAUGGCUGAGGUGAAGCCAGGCGGCCAGACAGCAGCAGGGCUGUCAGAGGCCGCUCAGAGUGAGCUGAUGGACCUGUGUGAGGAUCAGUUUGCUAAGCUGGAAAAGCUUCAGAAUGAGAUUAUACUGAGUGAACCAGAUUUCUGUGAGAAUCCGCAAGAGCAGUCAGUAAAUCGACUGAUGGCGACAGAAGCUGAACUGAAGCAGUGGCUGACAGUGGAGCCGAAAUUGCUGGCUGCAAAUUCAGAAGUUUUACUUCAAGCUGGAAAAGAAGAGAUGCUCAAGAUGUGCUCUGAACUUGAGAUGAUUGUUUCUUGCUACGAAGCAAAGAGAGACAAACUGAGAGAAACUAAAGAACUUGAACAGAAGUGGCUGGAGGAGAAGAAACAGGCGCUGAUAGCUGCCAAAGAUCAUGUUGAUCGACUUCGAAUGGAAAAGGAGAAAUUAUCAGAGCACAGUGUAUUGCUGGACACCAAGGCGAAAAUCAAGAAAAUGAAGGUCUACAUUGAAAGGUUGACCGAGUCUUUGGGAGACAUACUGGAGAAGCAUGUCCCUCUGCCUCAGAAUGAAUCCAGUACAAACAAGAAGAAGAAGAACAUUUCCCAGGAGUUAAAUGAAGACUUGAUUUCACUUAAUGAAAUUCUUGAGCUGCUCAUGAACAAGAUCCUGAACACACCACACGACCCCUACGUCACGUUAGACAACACAUUCUGGCCACCGUACAUAGAGAUGCUGCUCCGCUAUGGUAUUGCUGUGAGGCACCAAGAGAAUAACUUCAAGAUCCGCCUGGAAACCUUUUGUUAAGGUGAUGGUGCAUUAGGCAUCUCAAGCACCACUUAUCUGCUAGUGUUUCUAAUUCGAGUCUGCUUGUGUAGUGCUAUCAUUAUGUAUAUUUAUGUAAGCUGAUAUGAAGACCAACUGUGCUGGGAAAGCGAGGAGGCUAGUGAUUUACAGUAUGUUUAUUGUAUCUAUCACAGCUGUAGUGUGUAUUAUAAAAGGAGUAUUUGCCCAUUUAAGCUUCACAUAAGUAUUUAUUGGGUUAAGAAUGGUUUUGUAUGUACAGAGUAACAAUGGGUCCUUUUUAAAAAGUAGAGAACACCUGAAAGUUGAAAUGAAAGUUGGACUUUUUUUGACAAAGCGCUGUCACUUUCAUGUAAACUCAUGUUAAUACUCAAUAAGGUUGAAAGUCUUCCCCUAACCACAUAUUUCAUUUGAUCCUACUUUCAUAGCUUUUAUCAUUGGCAAGGUUUAAUCAGCAAUGACAUUGUAUGUUAGUAUUUAUCUGUGUUCUUUAAAUUGGUCUUAAAUUCUAGCAGAUUUGUCUGGUUCCCAGGCUACUUACAUUCAGUUUCAUUUAAAGUGCUUCAAAUUUCUUAAAAGUUGACCUUCUGAUACCCCAACUGUGUACUGUAUAUAUGUAGAUUUUCUUCAUUUGUUUGUAUAUAGUUUCUUUUUCAUGUUCAAUAAACGUGGGAACUGCA